CGCCACCACACGAGCCGUCUGUUGGCGCGUAGGAGUACACAGCUCGAUCGUAGUACAGAGUACUACGGCACAAACAUAGCUAGGAACUUCGUUUGGUUUGACAACUUUUCGGCCGUGUCCUGCCGAUUAGAUAGGUUCGCGUAGCGGCGAGCUGAGGGUGAUCGUGAUCAGCAUGGCGUUGGUGCGGGAGCACGAGGCGUACGGCGGCUUCGAUGGCGCCGAGGCGGCGGCCUUCGACGCGCUCGGGUACGGCCACGACGCGCUGCUGGAGGCCGACGACGCGGCGGCGUUGUUCGGGGGCUUCUACCCUAGCACCGAGCCGGCCGGGGUCAGCGCGGCCAACAUACCGGACAGCGGGAACGUCUGGGCGGGCGUGGGGGCGUCCGUGCUCGCGUUCGACAGCCGGGCCACACCUGCCGCGGAGGAUGAGGAGUGCGACGCGUGGAUCGACGCUAUCGACCAGAGCUACGGCGCCGCUGCGGCACCGGCAACGUCUGUGGGCUUCGACGCCACCACGGGAUGCUUCACCCUGACGGAGAGGGCAGCACCAGGUGGUGGCGCGGGGCGGCCGUUCGGGCUGCUGUUCCCCAGCGCGUCAUCGGCCGCCUCGCCUGACCGCGUGACGCCAGCGCGCGUCCCUCAGAAGCGGACCUACGUGAGUGCCGAGCCGCAGGUCGUAAGCAACAAGAUGCUAUGCGGCGCGGGCAGGAAGACGGGCAAGGCCAAGUCGGCGCCCGCCAUGCUGACCAAGGACCCGCAGAGCCUCGCGGCCAAGAAUCGGCGGGAGCGGAUCAGUGAGCGGCUGCGGACCCUGCAGGAGCUCGUGCCCAACGGCACAAAGGUCGACCUGGUCACCAUGCUCGAGAAGGCCAUCAGCUACGUCAAGUUCCUCCAGUUGCAGGUCAAGGUUCUUGCAACGGACGAGUUCUGGCCGGCGCAGGAGGGCAAGACGCCGGAGAUCGCCCAAGUGAGGGAGGCGCUCGACGCCAUCUUGUCGUCGUCGCAGAGGGGGGAAUUGAACUAGCUAGCUAGAAGAGAGCACUUAGCUCGGCAUCAAACGCAUGCUGAUAUGAUAGGAGUUAAAAUCGAACCACCUCGUUCGAAGAUAAUAAGGAGGCGUAUACAUGCGGACUACCAGUAGCUUCUUGUUCUCUUUUUUCCAACUGAUCAUUAGCACCAUGUACCUCUUUUUAGGGGAAACAUGUAGCACACUGCAUGUACUUACAACAGAGGCUUAACAUUUUGUUAAUCCUUAUCCUUGUCAU